GACGCCUUCUACUUUCUAAUUACUUUUCUUUUGCCUGCAGCAAAUGCAGACUUUCUUCAUAUGGAAAAGCUACGAUCACCUGCUCGUGGAAAUUUGAUUUGAUAAAUCGUGAUUGUGGCAAAAAUCUUGAUCCUGGAAAAUGUCAUUGAUUAAGGUCAUAACAAAUGAAAGAAUAGGAGAGAUUCCAGACAAAAGAAAUAGACUGGGUCCUGUCACCCUUUUAAAUAGGAUAAAUCUGACUUUACUAGACACUGGGACAUCAGCACAACAGUACCUCAAGCAGAAAAUCAGCAAUAACAUAGCACAGGGAAAUCAUGAUGCCUUUUAUGUUGCAGACCUUGGAGACAUAAUAGAGAAACAUUGGCGGUUUUUGAAAGAGCUACCCCAAGUGAAGCCUUUUUAUGCAGUAAAGUGCAAUGGCAUAAGGGAGGUGGUUCAAACGCUGGCAGCUCUUGGUACAGGAUUUGAUUGCGCCAGUAUGGGAGAAAUAGAUAUGGUGCUGAAAAUGGGGAUUCCAGCUGCUGACAUUAUCUAUGCUAACCCUUGCAGGCAGGUAUCACACAUCAAAUAUGCUGCUGAGCAUGGUGUGUGCAGAAUGACAUUUGACUGUGAAGCCGAACUGUUUAAAAUAGCAGCCUCUCAUCCAAAAGCGGAGAUGAUUCUCCGCAUUGCAACCGAUGACAAAGACUCUUGGUGUGCCCUUAGUAGCAAAUACGGUGCGCAUCUGGAGGAAUGUGAGGAUCUUCUCAAGAAAGCUAAGAAUCUCAAUAUCCAAGUAAUCGGAGUGAGUUUUCAUACUGGUUCUGGAUGCACAAACACUCAUCCCUUUUGCAAAGCCAUUGAAGAUGCUAGAAAGGUAUUUGAUAUUGGGCAGAAGUUGGGAUAUCAGAUGAGACUGCUAGAUAUCGGAGGUGGUUUUCCUGGGGAAUCUGAGUUCCAACCAACAUUUGAGGAGUUUGCAGCGGUCAUCCGUCAAUCUCUGAACCAGUACUUUCCUAAUGAUCAGGAUGUAGAGAUCAUUUCAGAACCUGGAAGAUAUUAUGUGGAAUCAGCUUUCACUGUUGCAUUGAAUAUUAUUACCAAGAAGGAGAUGUAUGACAAAGGUGCAGAAGGAGAGAGGAGAAGGAAAUUCUCUUAUAUAUUAAAUGAUGGGAUAUAUGGAACUUUUCUUGAAUUUUGUUUACUAAAAGAAAAACGAAAACUGAAGCCAAUAUUAUACAAGGAGUUUGCCACUGAACAGAAGCUCUUUCCGAGCAUUCUUUGGGGUCCCACCUGUUCAAAUUUGGAUGAAAUAGUGAAUGAAGUUUAUCUUCCAGAGCUAGAAACAGCAGAUUGGAUCAUAUUUCAAAAUAUGGGAGCUUACUCUCUCUGCAUGAGUACUUCAUUUAAUCAGUUUCCCCAACCAACUGUGUAUUUUGUGCUAAGCAAAGGGCAUGUGUGAACUUCUGGAUAGGUACUGGCUUAGGGUAGAAAAUGUGUAGCGUAAUAAACUGCUAUAGAAUCAACAUCAGGAACAUAUUGAGAAAAAAAAAUUUAAAUAUCAAGUCACAUCACAUAUACACUGAAAUAGCUUCUACAAGGAAGUGCAAAAAAGUAGAAAAUAAAAGAAAUUAAAAUU